AUGUCGCCACGCUGGGUGACGGUUUGUGUGCUUGCCGGUGUGAUUAGUUCAUUGUCGGUCCGAUCCGCCGAGACGUCCGGAGUGCUAAUAGCAAGCCAACCGGCAGUAACGCGAUCAAGCAGCCUCUUCCCGUUGACGCUGAUUCAUGUGAACGACUUUCACGCCCGCUACGAGGAGACCAACGAGCGCUCGACGCGCUGUAAACCGGACGAAGGCGAACGCUGCAUCGGCGGAUACGCAAGGAUCGUGUCGCGCGUCAAGUCCUUGCGGCAGGAGUAUGCCGACCGGAACCCGAUCUAUCUGAACGCGGGUGAUAACUUUCAGGGCACCCUCUGGUACACGCUGCUUCGGUGGAAUGUGACGGCGCACUUCCUCAAUCUGUUCCCCGCGGACGUGAUGACGCUUGGGAAUCAUGAGUUUGAGCACGGCAUCGCUGGGCUGGUGCCGUUUCUGGACGUCAUCGAGAGUCCGGUGGUGGUCGCGAACAUCGACGACAGUCUGGAGCCCACGCUACAGGGACGGCACCGGAAGUCGGUGGUGUUGGAACGUGGCGGCCGACGGAUCGGGGUGAUCGGAGUGAUCCAUCACCUGACCAACAUGAUGGGCAUGACGGAACGGCUGGUGUUUCUGGACGAGGUCGAGCAGCUGCGUCUGGAAAUCGAUCGCUUCCAGAGCUCGGGCAUCGAUCUGAUCGUCGUGCUGUCGCACUGUGGUCUGGAAAUCGAUCGCCAGAUUGCCCGGGAGCUGCCGGACGUGGAUGUGGUCGUUGGUGGCCAUUCGCACACGUUUCUCUACAAUGGCUCUACAGAGGCGUUCCCGGAUCAGGCCGAAGAUACCUACCCGGUGGUGGUGGAGCAUCCUGGCCCGGACGGUGGUCGUACGCUGAUCGUGCAGGCUGCGUCGUACGCCAAGUACGUCGGCCGCCUCACACUAUACUUCGACGAGUCCGGUCGCAUCGUUGAGUGGGACGGCAAUCCGGAGUAUCUGGACGAGUCCGUGGUACCGGACGAAGAGGUGCGUGACUUGCUCGUACCCUGGCGGGAGCUAGUCAACGUGCAGGCGAACCGGGACGUCGGCUACUCGGCCGUACUGCUCUCGAGAGACGAGUGCGCGUGGCAGGAGUGUAAUUUCGGGAACUUCAUCACGGACGGGUACAUCGCGCACUUUGCCGCCGAGAGCCAGGGCAACCCAAAGGCUGGCCAGUGGACCGAAGUGGCGAUUGCGUUCAACACUGGCGGGGGCAUGCGGACAUCACUGACCAGCGGUAACCUCACCUUCGACGAACUGGUGACGGCGGUUCCGUUUGAGGACACCAUCGACAGCUUCGACCUACAGGGACGCCACCUGCUGGAGGUGUUCGAGUAUAGCGCGAGUCGCUACGGGCUCACGGACAUGAUGCAGGUUUCGGGGCUGAAGGUCGUCUACGAUAUGCGGCAACCGGUGGGGUCGCGAGUGGUGUCGUUGCUGGCUCGGUGUCGGUUUUGCACGGUGCCCAAAUAUGAACCCCUCGACUUGGACCGGGUGUACCGGGUGGCCACGGGGACGUACAUUCGGAAUGGGGGCAGUGGAUACACGAUGAUUCCCCAGCAUGCCACCAACGUGCAGGUGGGUCCGGUUGAUGUGUUCGUCUUGGAGCAGCAUGUCAAAAAGAUGAGCCCCAUCACCUGUGGCACGGAGGGUCGCAUCACCUUUGUCGAGUAA